AUGCUCAUCUUUACCUUUCUUGUGCUUGCUACGCUCGCCCUUCUUUGUCAUCAUCGAAAACGUGCGUACGCUAGGAACACGGUCGGCUUCUUGCAUGCUGCAGCAGGGGCAGGUGGGGGUGGCGAACGUGUGUUGUGGGCCGCCUUGGACGGACUGCAGCACGCAGAUGCAGCCAAAGGGGUGAAGCGGCAAUAUGUAGUCUUUACAAACGAAUACAAGCCAGCAGACAGGCUGUCGGCCGAGUCAUCCGACCAACAUCUCCUUUCCCUCGUCGAAAAGCAGUUCAGCAUCUGCCUUCUUCGGCCUGUGCGCUUUAUCUACUUGCGCCAAGCCCUUACCCGGUGGCUGAGUGGUGACGCCUACCCACGUCUCACGUUGUUCUUGCAAAUCUUCUGGGGCGGAGCGGCCCUCUUCUAUGAGGUGGCGGUCGCAAAUGCGGUGACCCCGAUCGUGGUGGAGACAGUUGGUGUGCCACUUGUUUAUCCUCUGUUACGGCUUCUUGCCGGGUGCACGGUGAUCUCCUACACGCAUUACCCCAUCGUCUCCUCCGCCAUGACGCAGCGUGUGCGCAGCGGGGAGGUGAGCCACACUAACUCACCGACCGUGGCACGGAAUCGGAUGCUGCGCUGCGCCAAAGUCGUCUAUUACGAUGUUUUGUCGCUCCUGUAUCGCUGCAUGGGCUUUUUCCCAAACGUGGUUCUGACAAACUCGUCAUGGACGCAGAACCACGUGCAAUCUAUUUUUUGGCCACGCACGUGCAUUCGGCUGUACCCGCCGUGUGACGUUGCUGGCUUUGCCGCGGGGUCACAGCCGCCUGCGCUGCGCAACAACCGCAUCGUCAGCGUCGGCCAGUUCCGACCAGAGAAGAAUCACAUGCUGCAGCUUGUAGCUUUUCAUGCAGCAGUGCCGCAGCUGCCGAGGGAUGCCAAGCUCGUCAUGAUCGGCGGCGUACGCAACGCGGACGACCGGAAACGUGUUGAGCAGCUGCACGUGCGCGCAAAAGAACUCGGAAUCGAAAAGCAGGUCGAGGUUCUCGUGAAUGCGACAGUAGCGGAGGUGCGAGCUGAACUGGGAAAGUGCGUCAUUGGGCUUCACACCAUGCGUGACGAGCACUUUGGCAUUGUGCUGCUAGAGUACCUCGCUGCCGGCUGCAUCCCUCUCGGACACCGGAGCGGUGGUGUCGAACUUGACAUUCUCAACUCUCCCGAUUUGGGCUUUCUGGCCGUUACGGCGGAAGAGUACGCAGCGGCCAUGGCCGAAAUCUGUGAAAUGCGGCUGCGCGAUCCGGACCGGUACGUUCAGUUCCAGAAACGCGGCAGCGAGCAUGUCAGGUCAUUUGACGACAGCAGCUUUCGAACUCGUUUUGUCGAGCUGGUCAGCGAAUAUGUCUACGCCUGCUAG